AGGUAGGAAAAUGCCGACCUCCAGAAACAUUCCACCCGACCCAAUAUUACAUAAUACAUACACUGAUUCACGUAGGGUUCGUAAAACCCUUUAGCAGAACAGAGGAGUGACACUCAACAAUGGGGAAAGGCCGGAAAGUACAGGAACAGUCCGGCAGCAAUGACGAAUUGGAUCCCACUCAAUACUUUGAGAACAGAAGGAGAGCACUAAUGUCUGAGAAGGAAGCUGGGAAAAAUAUUUACCCACAUAAACAUGAAGUAUCCAUGACUGUUCCCGAUUUCAUUGAGAAAUACAAGGAACUAGAAAGCGGGGAGCAUGGCGAUGAGCAAGUUUCUUUAGCGGGCCGGAUAAUGUUCGAUCGCAGACAGUCAUCGAAGCUGGUGUUCUAUGAUUUGCAUGGAUUGGGCGCCAAAGUUCAAGUAAAGGCGGAUGCCAGUGAAUCUGAGUUGAAUGAGGAGGAUUUCAUUAAACUUCACUCUUCUGUGAAGCGUGGUGAUACUGUUGGAAUCGUUGGGUUCCCAGGUAAAACAAAAAGAGGAGAGUUGAGUAUUUUUGUCAAAUCAUUUACAGUGUUAAGUCAUUGUGUCCAUAUGAUGCCACAGAACAAAGGAGCCCAGACUAAAUCCAAGAAAACUGAUGAAUGGGCCCCUGGAAUGCCUAGAAACCCAGACACUCUUGUAUUGAAAGAUCAGGAAAAACGGUACAGACAACGCUAUUUGGAUCUGAUGGUGAAUCCAGAGGCCCGACAUAUCUUUAAGACGAGAACAAUCAUAAUAAAUUUCAUAAGAAGUUUCCUUAACAAUCUUGACUUCCUGGAGGUUGAGACUCCCAUGAUGAAUAUGAUUGCUGGAGGAGCAGCUGCACGCCCUUUUGUUACUCACCACAAUGAAUUGAAUAUGAGGCUUUACAUGCGCAUUGCACCUGAACUCUAUCUUAAACAGCUAGUUAUUGGCGGACUGGAACGUGUCUAUGAAAUUGGGAAACAAUUUAGGAAUGAGGGUAUUGAUUUGACACACAAUCCUGAAUUCACUACCUGUGAGUUUUAUAUGGCUUACGCAGAUUACAAUGACUUGAUGAGCCUUACUGAGCAAAUGCUUAGUGGUAUGGUGAAGGAGCUUACGGGUGGCUAUAUAAUUAAGUAUCACACAAAUGGUGUGGAGAAAGACCCAAUUGAGAUAGACUUCACUCCACCUUUCAGAAGGAUUGAAAUGAUAGAAGGGCUAGAGAAAGUGGCAAAUCUCAGUAUACCCAAGGAUCUUGCUAGCGAUGAGGCUAACAAGUAUCUGGUGGAUGCAUGCACCAAGUUUGCGAUAAAAUGUGCCCCCCCUCAGACUACAUCUAGAUUGCUUGAUAAACUUGUUGGGCACUUCCUUGAAGAGAUGUGUGUUAAUCCAACUUUUAUCAUCAACCAUCCGGAAAUAAUGAGUCCACUCGCAAAAUGGCAUAGGUCUAAGCCUGGGUUGACUGAACGAUUUGAGCUGUUUGUCAAUAAGCAUGAACUUUGCAAUGCAUACACUGAGUUGAAUGAUCCUUUUGUUCAACGUCAACGCUUUGCUGACCAGCUUAAGGACCGGCAAUCUGGUGAUGAUGAAGCAAUGGCAUUUGAUGAAACUUUCUGCACAGCACUUGAAUAUGGAUUACCACCUACAGCUGGAUGGGGAAUCGGUAUUGAUCGACUUGCAAUGAUUUUGACUGACUCACAAAACAUCAAGGAAGUCAUAUUCUUUCCAGCUAUGAGGCCUCAUGAGGAAACUAGUACAGAAAGCCAAAACAAAGUGGGCGAACAAACAAAGGCUAAAGAUGUACAAACCAAACCACAUGAUUGUAGUGGUUUCCCAGAGACAUCAUGAUAUCGUUCUUCAUGCUGAAUGAUGGAGAUGGACUUCGAUUUACUUCAAAUACUCAAGAGUUUCAUAUGUAUUUUAUUUUUCAAUGGUUAAAUGUUUUCAUGCACAAACUGAAUGCCUUUAUGCUUCCUAAAGUUUGCCAUACCAUAUAAAACUCGGUUAUAUACUUAUAUGGCAUAGGAUAUGCAGCCAUGUCAACACGGUAUAAGGGGUUUCUCAAAUAUUUUACUGAAUAGAAGUGUCCAAGGCGUGACAUAUUGACUGUCAGGGUUGAUAAGACUUGGAGAUACCUUCACAUCCGACACUUAUACCAAUUCAUUUCAUCGAGCCCGUUGAUGAGUUGAAUUGCCCAGAGAUGUUGAUCUUUACUGUUAGUGGUCAAAUUAUUCAAAUCUGCAGCUCUUCUGCCUUGAUUUUCUACAACCACCAUUCGCAUGAAAAGGACUUGCUUUUAUCACAAAGUACAACACAGGUUAGCAUAAUCCACCCAUGUAUCAAUGUUAGUUUUAAUAUAGUUGUAAGAACAGCCUGGCAUAGUCGCAUGGUCUUGUAGAUGCUGAGUGUCCAAGCCUAGGGCGUGGGAGGGUCCGCAAAUGUCCUCAUGAUGGAGCUGAACCGGAGUUUGGUUGGGGUUUUACACUUUUACGUGAAUGUCUUACCUAGUAGUAGUACUAUCUUUCAUUCUUUCCUUCAUGUACUAUGUUUAAUCGAAUGCAACGCUAGAGGUGUUUUUUAAAUCUUUAGUUUUUCUAACAUUUUGCACUUGCACUGGAUUUCCCAUUAAAAGUAAGAAUAUAUUUGUUGCAUACAAUUUAUGAUUAACAACUCUAAAAAUGUGGUGUUCUACCAUGGUUGUAUUUGUUUACAAAUACGGAGCAUAAAUUUAUUGGAAUAAUU